UCUCUGUAAAUUAAAGAGUACGGUCUUGACCUGCUCUAUGUGAAAAGUGCCCUGAGAUGACUUUUUGUUGCUGUAUAGUUAGCCUUACAGUUAGCCUUCGUAUUGAUUUUAAAAUUUACCUUUAAGGCGUUAAACGGCCUUUCUCCCAGUUACAUAUCUGCACUACUGAACUGGUAUGUGCCCCCUCAACCCUGAAGAUCUGCAGGUGGAGCCCUGUUGGUCAUUCCCAGGUCACAGCUUGUGACAAAGGGUGGUUGGGCUUCUGCUGUCAGAGCCUCAGACACACUAGGUCUCUAGCUUCUUUUAAAACUCGUCUUUUUUCUGUGUGAAAGCUUUUUAUCAUUAUUUUACUCCUGUGCAUUCUAUUGUCCUAGUAUUACUAUUAUUGUGCAUCUUCUAUUGUUACUAUGUACUUCUGCCUGGAGGUUUUAUAGUCUUGCUGGGAGCUCACAGGUCCAGUAGACUGUUGUUUGAUGAAGAUGGAUUAGAGAAAUGAUGAACCUUUCCAUAAACCUUUAGGCUUCUUGGAGGAUAUAAAGUAUUAAACGGAUGCGUACAGUACAUGGAUAAGUAGGAUCUGUAAUCCUGCUUGACUUAUCAACUCACUUAUUUUCCUCCUUAACACAAAUAUGAGGAUAAAUAAUCAAAUCACAGCUUCUAUUUUCUGUUUAGUCUAUUUUGAUUAGCUGAGUCCCCCUCAGCAGCUGCAGGAAAACCUUUGACAUACAAGUUCACCUGCUGGUCUACGAGACGCAGUAACGACUAAAACCACGCUGGGUAUCUUUAGCGUGUGAAGGAGCAAUCUGGUGUCUUCAGAUACUUUUAGAGACGCUGCAAAACCUUCACAGCGUUUUGAACCGGCUGCAGAUGUCGGAUCAGGUAGUGGAGUUUUUUCAGUUGUCCCGCAGAGAGCCGAGCCGCUGUGAGGUGAAUCCAGCGUUGACUCAGAGAAGGCCGUGACCCAGAUCUGAGUGAUGGAGGUUCGUACUGUGGCGGCAGCUUCAUCCAUCCAUGACGAGACCACUGAGGUGUCCUCAGGAUGCUGAAGCAGCACUGAAGCACUUUCUGACACAGCAAGAUGUGAGAACCAAACAGCAAGGGGCUGAUGGUGUGACGUCAGCAGAUCUCUGAUGUCGACUCGACUCUUCUUCUCUGUUGGUUAUAAACAUCCUGGAAGCUCCGUGUGUUUGAUACUGGUGAUGCUGCAAGCUCAUUGGCUGAUCCUCCAGGCCCCGCCCCCCCCCUCCCUGCCCUCCUCUGUGAUGACAGGAGACGCAGAUAAAUAUCACCGCCGACACCUCGGAGCCUCAGAUGUGUCUAUUUGGGAGGCGGUGCAGUCAGGGAUCAGGAUCAGGAUGGAGCUGAAGGACUUCUGUCUGACAGACGACUUCCAUCACUUCCUCAAACCACAGCGCCCCCUGGACUCCUCCUCUUCCUCCUCUUCCUCCCCUUCCCCGGCUGAUGAAGCUCGCUCUCCUGCCUCCUUCCUCCACUCCUCCCCUCUCAGUCCCUGCUUCCCGCUGGACGCCACACCGGCUCUCAGCCCCUCUCACCCGGCCUUCCUCCUCCCCAGUCCGGCCUCCUCCUCUUCCUCCUACAGCCUCCUCUGCGGACCCCCGGAGCCCGACUCCCCGACAGGAUCUAGUUCCAGCGGAGGAAGCGGCAGCGGCAGCGCUGCGGUGUCGGAUGCUUCCACCUGUUUUUCGGUGUCGGAUUCGUUUUCAGCUCAGGUCGACUCCAUCCUGCGAGGCGACUACCUGACACCUCUGGGUCCCGUGGGGCCGAAGCGUCUCUGCCUGGUUUGUGGAGACUUUGCGUCCGGUUAUCACUACGGCGUGGCGUCCUGCGAGGCCUGCAAGGCGUUCUUCAAGAGGACCAUACAAGGCAACAUCGAGUACAGCUGUCCGGUGAUGAACGAGUGUGAGAUCACCAAGCGGAGGAGGAAAGCCUGUCAGGCCUGCCGCUUCCAGAAGUGUCUCCAGGCCGGGAUGAUGAGGGAAGGUGUUCGAAUGGACCGAGUCAGAGGAGGACGGCAGAAGUACAAGAGGAGGGUCGAGGCCGGACUCGGUUUAUACGCCAAAGCUCCGUACGCUCACGUUCACCCCGUCAGCAGCCGUGAGUUCAAACUUUCUCGCUCAGGCCGUCAUUCAAAUCAAAACUUUAUGCGAACGUUAACGUCUUAUUGUUCUAUCGUUUCCUGUCUUUUAGGAAACAAGGUGAUCUCCCACCUGCUGCUGACAGAGCCCGCCCCUCUGGCUGCCAGUCAGGAUGAUUCGACCAAUGACGGCAGCCUGCGGACGCUGCUGACCCUCUGUGACCUCCUGAACCGCGAGCUGCUGGUUCUGAUUGGCUGGGCCAAACAGAUCCCAGGCUUCUCCGCGCUGUCAUUGGUCGACCAGAUGUCGCUGCUGCAGAGCGGCUGGAUGGAGGCGUUGCUGGUGGGCGUGGCCUGGCGUUCGCAGGCCUCGGCGGGGGAGGAGCUUGUGUUCGCCAGGAACCUGCAGCUGGACGAGGCUCAGUGUCGAGCCGCCGGAUUGGCCGACCUGUACGAGGCGCUGCGUCACCUGACGUCCAGGUACCAGGCGAUGAACCUGAGCCCCGAGGAGGUGGUGACGCUGAAGGCCAUGGCGCUCGCUAACUCCGACGCGGAGCCGGUGGACUGUCCGGACUCGGUGCAGCGGUUCCAGGACGGGCUCCACGAGGCGCUGCAGGAGUACGAGUCGUCCCGCAGGGAGCAGCACCGGGCGGGUCGGCUGCUGAUGAGCCUCCCUCUGCUGCGGCAGACCGCCGACCGAGCCGUGCAGGCCUUCCUGCGGCUACACCGCCACCGCCGCGUCCCCCUCCACAAACUGCUGCUGGAGAUGCUCGACGCCAAGGCCUGAACACUUCCUGUCUGCUGACGCUUCAUCACGAGAGUACAGACUGUUAUCAGUGACUCAAAACAAACUCGCUGACUGAUAUAAUGACAAAAAAACACUUACUGCUGGAUUGUUUUGAGGUUUUUUUUGGCAGUUUGCUGCAGAUGAAACUUAAAAAAGUUUGAAUU